GCCCUGUGGGCCGUAGCAAUUUUAUUGGCGCGGUCCUCUCCCCCUUUUCCCGGGGGUAGAGAUGUCUGGGCUUAGUCAAUCUGAGAUGGAAGGCUGCCAUAACCUGCUCGGCCUACUGGACAACGACGAGAUCAUGUCCUUGUGCGACACCGUCACCAACCGCCUGGUGCAGCCUAAGGACCGCCAAGGUGCUAUUCGCACAAUAAUAAUGUACAGUCAAAGUGUAGAAGAACUUCUGAGGCGUAGAAAAGUCCAUCGAGAAGUCAUAUUUAAGUACUUGGCAACACAAGGAGUUGUUAUACCUCCCUCUACCGAAAAACACAAUCUUAUCCAACAUGCAAAAGAAUACUGGGAAAAGUUAGCAAAGCUCAAACUGAAGGAAACAUCACAGCCUCUUAGAAAGAAAGAGGACAUCCGACUUUUUGAACAGCAGGAAAAAGAAGAUAAAAAAGCUGAAAAAGUCGAUUUUUGUCACCUAGGAAAAGAAUUUUGUCACUGGUUCUUUAAACUUCUCAAUUCUCAGAAUCCUUUAAUGGGACCACCUCAAGACGAAUGGGGGCCUCAACACUUCUGGAAUGAUGUCAAGCUUAGGUUUUAUUACCGCACAUCAGAGCAAAAUGUGAUAGACUACCAUGGAGCAGAUAUUGUGAGCCUUCGCUUGCUGUCACUAGUGAAAGAAGAAUUUCUUUAUCUCAGCCCCAACUUAGAUUCCCAUGGACUAAAAUGGUGCUCUUCUCCCCAUGGAUUGGUUAUGAUUGGAGUUGCAGGAACUGUCCACAGAGGAAACACGUGUUUGGGCAUUUUUGAACAAAUCUUUGGACUUAUCCGUUGUCCUUUUGUGGAAAAUACUUGGAAAAUCAAAUUUAUCAACCUACGAAUCAUUGGAGAAAGUUCCCUUGCUCCUGGAACAGUACCAAAACCUGCUGUUACAUUUGAACAGAGUGAUCUAGAGGCCUUUUAUAAUGUGACUGCAUCAUGUGGUAACACUGAAGUAAGCCCUAAUAUAACGCAGACAUUGGACAGUGGGAUUGAAGACCAGACCUUACGUAGUGGAAAUGAGGCAUGAACAAAGAGAACCCAGUUUAUCUAACCUGAACCAUUGACACUGUAUCAUCCUAAAAAAAUCUUUCUACAGAAGCUCUUCCAAAUACAUAGUAAUUUUUAAGUGAUUUCAGAUGUGAGAAUUGAUGUAUUUUAUUUGAAAUACCUUUCUCUACUAUACGCGUACAUAUUAUGUGAUUAUUUGCCUGUUUCUUCCUGAGUUGUAGUAAAUGUUUUGAGAACUUACUGCAGUUCAUCAAAUAAAUCCCACUUUAGAUGCUGUAGUUAACUGUGUACCUUAGAAAACAAGUGAUAUUUUCACUAUAGUAUCAUACCACUAUCUAUACUUCCCAUGUGGGAAAGGAUUAAGAGUGCUCAAGGCUUCCUUAAAUUACUCUUUGGCUUUUAUCUAAAUCCAGAUAAUGGAUAUUUUACAAAUGCAUCUCCUUUAUUCUUUUUUAAAAUUUUAAAUGUUGUAGAGAUAUUUAAUGUAAACUCAGAGUUUCCAUGUUAGAAAACGCAAAUGACACUCAUGCAACAAUCCAAUAAUUUAGCGGGGGAAGAAAAACUUACUCCUCUUUAAAUAUUUAUGGAAGAUUUCUCAAAGUUACUGCCCUUGUCCAAGCUAAAUUCUCUGAUAAUCAACAUGUUUUGUAUUAUUUUGGGCAAUGAUGACUGUUAAUCUUAAAACAGACCUUAUUUAGCCUUAAGUUAAUAGCAGUAUUGAGCUUUUAUUUUAACAACAUAAAGGAAAUACGCUGUUCAAAUUUUAAUGAGAUCCCUAUUUCUAACUUUUAAGUGAAUUAUUAUUGUUAUUCAUGAUCGAUCUUGACACACAUGACUGCCCCUUCCAGGAAAAACCCAUGAACUUAUAAUGUGGGUAUACAUACAUGCAUUCCACAUUUUAAUCUCAUUAAGAAUUAUCUCUAACUUGUGUUACUACGUCUGAGUUACAAGGUUGGAUUGAUGGUUUACUAAAACAAAUACUUCAAAAUUUAAAUUACUAAUAACCCAGCAACUAUAUGUUCAUCCUCGAUUUAGUUAAGAAAUUUUAAUUUAUAAAAGUACAUUUAGGAAUAAAAUUCCACCAGAAAGUACAAUGAUAUAUACAUUAAGUUUUAACGUAUGUCAUGAUCCUUUAGGGAGACUGAUACCAAUAUUGGAAGCAGGAGAAAAACACUCAUGUGUUUUGUGUGUUUAAUGAGAUUCCUCUUAUGAGGGAUGUAAAUUGGUAUGUCCAAAAAUCAGAAGUUAAUAAAGGAAGGAAACCUUUUUUGUCUGUGGAAGAGUAAUAUAUUGUUUAAAUUUAAUUUGCAAUUGUCUUUUGCUUAGUUUUAGACAUUUGACAAAAACAGCAAAUUUUACUGCUUCUAGUUAUAAAGAAAAUAACAGUUUGCAAAAUAGUUAUCCAUUGUAAUUUUAUAAUAUAGGUAGAUCAAAAGUCUUCAUCCUAUAUCUUUGCUUAGUGUGAAAUCUGAGAUUUAUCUUAUUUUUAGAUUUGAAGUAGGACUGAAAAAUAGACAUCUUGAGUAAAGGAUAAAAUUACAAAACAUCUCUUUUGUGUUACUGAUGUCAAGUGCUGCAGAAAUAUUACAGAUUCUCAGACUGGGUAGGGAUUUCCCCUAGUUCUCUUCUAUAUUGAAUUUGUAUAAAACUUGGGUUUUAUACAAAUUCAGUUUCUGCACAUAGUUUUAAUCAGUUUCUGAAAUUUGGAAUCUUAAAAAAAAUUGAUAUCUUGAUAGAUUUAAGACAGUAAUGGCAAACCUUUCAGUGCCCAAAGUACAACCCAGAGCCCAUUGUUUACAAAGUAACAGCACUGCAAUUAAACCUGAAUACUGAAGUUUUAAUUUAGAAAAAACAACUUCAAACAUUAAUAUCUUUUGUCUUAAAAACAACAUGUAUCAUAUGUUCACCCCCACUAAACUAUAAGGUUAGCGCUGUUUUAUUUUGGGUGACUUCCUGUAUCUCGGCACAUAGAACCUCAUGUUGGAAUGGAAGGAAAAAGAAGAUUGCAUAUUGAAAAAAAGCUUUUUUGUUUGAUUAUUUUCAGUACUGUUUUGUUUUGUUAUUUGGUCACAUAGUCUACAUUUUGAAUGUGGAUACACAGAAACUUUAAGGCCCUCAAAUAAUUCGAAUUUGGGAGUACUGUACUGGGGAUAGUUUUAAGAGCCCUAAGGUUACCCAAAAAAACAGAGGAGAUGCUUGAGGAAACAAUAUUCAGGAAGUAGAACCUGGUUGUGCAGCUUUGAGCUUAACUUAGCCCAUGAUAAUGGAAAAGCAAAAUGCAAGCACUGAACUGCUUUAUUCACACCCAUUAGUUGUUAUAUUAAGGACAUACAGAAACCUAGCUUUAGAUCUCUUUUGCUUUGUGUCAUUCAACUGACACUUGGAAAAUCUGAAAUGAAAGAAUACAACAUUCUACACAUAAUGUGUAAUAAUUAGGUGGUCAAACCCUGAAAUCACCUGUAUUUUUAUUUGCCCUAGGCUAAUUUGCCAUAAUUUUAAAAAGGCCUAAAUGGUUAAAUACAUUUUUUAAAAGUUUGCUGAUUUAAAAAAGAAUUGGAAACUAUGUUUUAAACGUGUUUGUUAUAGCUAGAUAGGUCAGAAAAAUGAAUGAACACUACUGUAAUAUUUUUCUUAGAUUCUGUCAUUUUAGAAUUAGAUGUUCUUUCCUUCAGUUCCCCCUUUUUUUUCUUUUGUGCUGAGUGGUGAACCAAGGACCUUGUACAAGCUAAGCAUGUACUGUACCACUCAGCUACACCCCUGUUUUUUUUAAAUUUGGGUUGUGGGGAAUAGUCAUCAAUCUUUUGAAAGACAAUUAUUGUGUUUUUUCUUAUCAGAAGAAAUAUAACAUAGUUUUUUAAUAUUUUAGUGAGUUCAUGGUUUUCCCCAGGGCACAUCAGAGUCCUUUAUGUCCCAUGUUCAAAAAAAUUGCUGUAAAAUUUCAUUUUAGCGGACACUCUUAAAACAUAUAUUUUUCAGUAGAGUACUAAAUUGAGAACAACAAAUCGUUCACUAGCAAAUCUUUUACAAUAAUUACAGUGUGACAUUUGUUUUUCAAACUAUGGUAAAUGUGAAGACAAAACCUACCAAAAUAUUUAGAAUUUUGACAAGAUAAAUUUAAUGACAAAUAAUAUGCUUUGAAGAAACUUAAGGUUAUAAAAAGUAUUCAAGAACUUUACAAAAAUUUUAAGAUUCUUAAUUUUACAGUGGUUUUGUAUUGGUUAUUCUGAUGAAGGGUUUUACUUUUUUUUUUUUUUUCUUCAGUGCCAAGAAUUGAGCUUAGGACCUUACACUUGAUAGGUGAUCGCUGUAGCGCUAAGCUCCCUGCCUUGAAGAAUUUUAAGAAUCCAAACAUGUCUUUGGUCUGUAUAUAUGAUCUUACCAUAAAUCACUCCUUCCCAUGUCUCCCUACUUCUUGUAACCAUUUUUAUAGCCUUAAUGUUUACCCAGUUUAGACACAGUUGCAGUACUGAGAGAUAAGAUAUUCUGAUUGUGGGUUCUCUUCAAGUUUAUUGGCCAUAUAUUUACUGUGUACUGUUGUAAGUCACAAAAUUAGGACAGUAAUGCAAAAAUUUAAUCCACUUUAUAGUUUGAGUUUAGGUUGAUUAAGGGAAGGAACUUUUUCUAAGCCCUUUGUGAAAGGAUUCAUAGAGGACCUUUUAUAUGACCAGGAAGAAGAAAAUUUUAUUGGAAUUUUAAAUAGCAAUGAAGCUCUAGCUAUAUCGUAUAAAUUUUACCAGUAUAAAAUACAAGGCAUUUGACAGAUCACUUUAGUUUUGGCAGGAAAUGUUUCCAAACUGUCAGCAUGUACUAGGUGCAUUUAACUUUCUUUUUCUAUUAUAAUUUUUAGCAGUGGUCUCAGUAAAAUGUAGAAUGUGACAUUUACUCUGAGUUUAAUGUGAUGUGUGAAACUAGUCAGGACUUUUUUGUAUUAGUCUUGAAAUAACUGACCUGGAGUUUGAUAAAUUCUGGAGUUGUAACCUGGAGUUGUAAAUUCUAUUUCCAGUAUUACUUUAAAAAUCACUUAGUGAAAUUUUUUAGUUUAGUAACUCUUUUUUUUAAAAUUUUUUAUUUAAAGAGAAAAAAAAUAGUAAAAGGGUACAAGUAAUAACAGAAUUUCAAGAAAAAAAUACAGUGAGAAAUCACUAGUUAAUAGAUUACAUAUUGUCGUCUUAGAAACAGUUGUCCAAAUUACAAAAUUAAAGCAUACAAAGUGGACAUUCAUACAGUGAGAUUGCAGACAGUUCUGUUCAAAGAUCCAACAAAAACUCGGUAGUUAGUAACUCUUUAUCUCCAGUUUGUAGAUACUUUAAAUCUCACAUACAAAAUUAAUUUACUUUGGAAUUAUUAAAUGUAAGAAUUGAAGGAAAUCACCUAUUGCCAACUCUAUUAUUUGUACAAAAAAUGGCUGCUGAAGAAAGCCUUAUUAUUGAAACAUUUGGUUUAUAGAAUUAUUGAGGUCUUACUAGGUUUUUGUGAAAAUGAAGAAACUAAAGAUCCAAAGGUAGGUGGCUAGUGUGCUAACUUCACAGAGUUUUGUUGUAAGGAUCACCUCUGACUUGUGGGGUUUUUAAUCUUACUUUUAAAAUUAUAAAGCUGGUGUUAUUUCUGGUACUUUCUUUCCAAUCUGGUGGCUAGUACUUUAUUUUACAAUAAACUACAGCUCGGUUUCUUCAUGUGUAAAAAUCUCUUUCUGAGAGCUAUGAUUUUUCCUGGUGUUGGAAUUGCAUACCUUCUUAGAAAUUCAAUUUUACUUUAAAAGCAAUUUUACUUUUAAAGGAUCUUACUGAGAAAGUUAUUUUCAUUAUUUUGCUUCCUUGUAAGCAGAGGUCAUUGAAAAACAUACUUUGUACUCAAAAUGUACAUGAAUACAUUUUAAGAAUGUGUGAGUAGGAUGUGUGUUUCUACCCAUGAUAUGAAUGUACUCUACAUCAUAUCUAUAAUGAAAAUGUGAACUUUAAAACAUUUUUAAUUAUUAGAAAUUCUAAAACUGUAAACUGAUUUUGUUAAACACUUUUUGACUUCUAUAGGUGCACAAUAUAUUUUCCAAGUUUUAGUCAAGAAAAAUACAAACUGGCUUGACAACCAAAUUAAAUAUUUAUCAGUGUAGAUGUUGCCCAAUUUAUGAUGAAUUAAUUUUUAAGCUUUGUAAUUCUUUGAAAGCAAUACACAAUCAGCAGUAACUACCUCAAAUUUUUAAUUUGGACUCCUCCAGGCUACCAAUAUAGAGCAACCAUUCUGUUACUCACUUUAUGUACAGUAUUUAUUUAAUAAAUUUCAUAAGGUGUUCGACAAUAUUAGAAAAAAGCUUUGCAUUAGAUUACUUUGCCCAAUUGUAGGCUAGUGUUAGUGUUCUGAGCAUGAUGGUUUUGAAAUACUAUUAAGAGUUUAUGGUAUAUUAACUUAAUACUAUUAAGAGAUUAUGGUAUAUUAAAUAUAUUUUGGAGUGAAGAUAUUUCUGUAAAGUUGAAAAAAGAUUAGUAAAAUAAUCAAAUAUGGGUAUUUGCUUCAAAAAAAUAAAGACCAGAAGUUGAAAAAUAUUUCAGACAGACAUUGGAUGGCUAAAGAUGUAGUUGAGCGGUAGUAUGUUUGUCUAGCAACCAUGAAGUCAUGGUUUCCAACCCCAGAACAAAGAAAAAACAAAAAGACUUUAUGGACUAAUGGCAGGUUUAGUAUAGAUUUACUCUGUAGGAAGCAUGGACAUAGAUGAUUACUGCUCCUAAACUCAUUGGAAAUUAUUCUAGGAAGUUUAAUGAGAACAUUUGUCUAGAAAAAGGGAAAUUUUGCUGUAGUUGAUUAAAAUAGAUCAGAUUUUGGAUUAUAGAAGCAAGAUAACAGAAAAUCCCGAGCAUUUAAGGACCUUGACCUUGGAACUGUCGGUAGAACAAUCAUAAAGUUACUGGACAUUAUUCAGAGAAUUAAGAGAAAUUCUGUGAAUUAAGAGAAAUUACAGAAUAGGCUAUCGUAGUUUUAAGAGCAACUGUAUGCUAGAGCAAGAUUAAGAAAAACAUUGAUUUUAUAUGAUGCAUCAAUGUUUUCUCCUAAACAUUCUUUCAACUUGGGAAAUACUUGUUGAGCAUUUAAUAUAUACCAGGCUUUUGUUGACAGAAAGUACUUGUAUUUUCAAAUACAAGUUUCUUCUAGUUUCUGAUGAUACUCUCACUUUGAUUUAUGUAAUUUUUUACUGUUUAAUAAAAAGUCUAUUUUAUUCCAA